CGCGCGCUGAUUGGCUGGGCCGAGGGUGACCCCGGCGCGCGCCCCGGGAUGGCGGCGGCGGGGCUGGGCCGGGGUCCGCUCUGGCUGCGCUGCCGCUCCUGGCGCAGCUUCGCCUCUCACACGGAUGGGGAGUCGCGCCUGGCCCGGGUGCUGCGGGAGAAGUUCCCCCGGGCCUCGGCCAUCAAGGUUGUGGAUAUCUCAGGCGGCUGCGGCGCCAUGUACGAGAUCCACAUCGAGUCCGAGGAGUUCCGGGAGAAGCGGACGGUGCAGCAGCACCAGAUGGUCAACCAGGCCCUGAGCGAAGAGAUCAAGCACAUGCACGGCCUGCGCAUCUUCACCUCGGCCCCCAAGCCCUGAGGCUGCUGGCACCACCAAUAAACGCUCCGGGAGGGGCCCAGGGCUGCCUCUCCCUGGAUGUGAGCUCCA